CAUCACUGCGACUGUCACAGUUCAGUUGUCAGUCGUAAUCCGAUCACUGCAAGUGCAGGAAUUACUGUCGAAUAUGCAGCAGGAUACAUUACAUUCGUCUAAUAGGUUUAGCUGUGUUGUUGUAGUGUUCAUAUGUCUUUUUAUUGCGACAAUUUCUACUGAAGACACUUCAGCAAUUAAUUUCACAACUGUUAGGGAUCCAAUGACUUCCACUAAUGAAGAAACGACUAUUGCCACUAUUACUGAAUCUAAAAUCACUUCCUCAAGUCCCGUAUCAGCUAUUCCCACAAUUUUAAAGGACGAAAUUGCCUUGAAAUCUACUGCUGGGACCGUUGCUCCAAUAACACAGGAAGAAAUGAUUAGUUCGUCUACUUCGAUGACCACAGCCCAACCAAUUUCUCAUACUGAGGAAGUGAGAGUAAACGAAAAAAUUCACCUUGAUGCUUCAGAAAACGAGGAAAAAUCUAUUAUGGGGGAGGUCUUUUCGACUAUUAGUGAUAUAGAAAUAAUUUCGACAACUGAAAAAACUAGUCUUUCGACGACCGACACACAAAUUCUGAACACUCCGAAAAAAGUAAAAAGUGAGGAUCUGCGAGUGGAUAAUUGUGCUUCGAUAAGUGAUUGCAUGAAGUGUACGAGAUCACGUCAUUCCUGCAGGUGGUCGAUCGAUGACAAUGCAUGCAAAUCACCGGAUAUUACACCCGGAAAUUCGACCAAUGAUGUAUAUGUCAUCGAAAAUGAAAACUAUACAGGUAGAGUCCGUCUAAAGGGAGCCUCGUUCUGCCCCCGAAUCAUGCGUUCGACCAAUAUUACCGUGCCUUCUGAUAUUCACAAAAUGAUAGAAAUUAGGGUUUCGGAGAGAGAGGACUUCACUUUGCCACCAUUCAGGUGUCGAUUCGGUAAUGGUCCUGGCGCCAUCAUAACGGGUGGUACAUGGUUGAUGGACACCAUUUCCUGCGGCAAUGCCUACUUUUCGUAUUCGAGUGACGAACCUUUCGUACAACUUCCGGUCUCAAUAUCGUACGAGGAAAGGCAACUAUUGAAUCCUAAUGAUAUUAAAUUGAUCAUCUACAAGUGCCGGCAUAUGGCUAACAACUGCAUCUCGUGUUUGUCGUUUGGGAAACAUUACGAGUGCGGGUGGUGUCCAGGAUCGUCAACGUGUGAAAUAGCUGGACAGUGUGAGGAAACUACAGCUGAAAAUUUGUGGAUUGGAAGGAGAGGACUUUGUCCACAAUUGACGGAGAAAAAAAAAUAAUGUUUAAAAAAAAUAAUGAUUAAUAACUAAUGAAUAUUAUUUGGGAAUAAUUGAAAAUUAUAUGAUCCUCAGGAAUGCAUAUGUUUAUACGAAAUAUAUACCCUAUUAUUAACAGUUA